UAUUGUCUCGGACAGCUGCUGUCUGCCAGACACUUUGGAAAGGAGACCUAGACUGAAAAUGCCACCAGCAGUAACAGCGCCACAGUACCCACCUCCAGAUGGAGGUUGGGGAUGGGUUGUGGUUUUUGGGGCUUUUAUUUCCAUUGGAUUUUCCUAUGCAUUCCCCAAAGCCAUCACAGUAUUCUUCAAAGAAAUACAGGAAAUCUUCCACACAUCAUAUAGUGAGAUAGCUUGGAUAUCAUCGAUAAUGUUGGCUGUCAUGUAUGCAGGAGGUCCCAUAAGCAGCAUUUUAGUGAAUAAGUAUGGCAGCCGGCCUGUGAUGAUAGCAGGAGGUAUCUUGUGUUCAUUUGGGAUGAUUGCUUCCUCUUUCUGCAACAGUGUCCUGGAACUUUAUCUAUGCAUUGGUGUUGUUGGAGGUCUGGGUUUAGCAUUCAACUUGCAGCCUGCCUUGACCAUGAUUGGCAAGUAUUUUUAUAAGAAGCGUCCCAUUGCUAAUGGAUUGGCCAUGGCUGGAAGUCCAGUGUUUCUAAGUACAUUGGCGCCUCUCAAUCAAUUCCUCUUUAAUGCGUUUGGCUGGAAAGGAAGCUUUCUCAUCCUGGGAGGACUUCUCUUGAACUGCUGUGUGGCAGGGUCACUGAUGAGACCUGUUGGACCAAAAACAGUCCCUCCUGCAAAAAAAGAUGUUGAGAAAGGCGACUCUACCUUGCACAAAAACAACAAGAAAUCUUUUUGGCAAACUAUGAAUAAGUACCUAGAUUUGUCCCUCUUCAAACACAGAGGUUUUCUGAUUUAUUUAUCAGGAAAUGUUAUUAUGUUUGUUGGUUUCUUCGCUCCAAUCGUAUUCUUGGCUCCUUAUGCCAAGCACAAGGGAAUUGAUGAAUAUUCUGCUGCUUUUUUGCUCUCUAUCUUAGCCUUUGUAGACAUGUUUGCUAGACCUUCAAUGGGACUUGUAGCAAACUCCAAAUUUAUCCGGCCAAAGAUCCAGUACUUUUUUAGUUUUGCUGUCUUUUACAAUGGUGUCUGCCAUAUUUUGUGCCCUCUGGCAACAAAUUACACUGGCUUGGUGAUAUAUUCUGUAUUUUUUGGAUUUGCAUUUGGAAUGGUUAGCAGUGUACUUUUUGAGACAUUGAUGGACCUCGUUGGUGCUGCCAGAUUUUCCAGUGCUGUUGGACUUGUCACUAUAGUGGAAUGUUGUCCUGUUCUCAUAGGUCCUCCUCUAGGAGGUUGGUUAGUGGAUGUUACUGGGGAAUAUCAAUACAUGUAUUUUGUCUGUGGAGUGAUCGUGAUUGUGGCCAGUAUCUGGUUGUUCAUUGGCAAUGCCAUUAACUACAGGCUUUUGGCAAGAGAAAAGAAGUUAGAAGAUGAGAAGCAGAAAGCACAGAAGAACGCGGACCCAAAAGAAGCUGAACCAUUAACAAAUAAUGAGAAUGACGAUGCUUCCAGCAGGUCCAACAAAGCUCUAGAAGAUCCUUCAGAAAGGGAAACCAAUAUUUAACCUGCAGUAUAGCUCAGAAGUCAAUAUUUAUGACUUCCAUUAUUAUUUUUUUUUCAAAACACAGGCCAGGUUUUGUAGUAACAGUGAUCAGUCACAAUAUUGGAUGGGAACAGAUUUUUGCUCCUUGACAAGGCUCCCAAGUUAAAUUACUAUUUACCGUUCAUUUAUUUCAGUUACAUAGGUAGCAAUUAUAUGUAAAUGAGUUCAUUCAAAAUCUGGACAACCAGAGUCAAAUAAGACAGAUAAGCCUUCUAGUAACAAAAAGUCUUUUUUCAAAAUAAUUUCUGACAUAAAUGCAUCUCUUAAACUUUUUUAGAGAAGACACGUCAAGUUCAUGUUCAAUGCAUUAGUAAAAUCUGCUGAAAUAAUCUCCCUACACUAUAUUUAUAACUAAUAUUUAACAAAAUUAGCUGAAGGAUUUUUUCUAAAGAGACAGAACAACUGAAGGAAGCAUAUUGGAUUUUUUUUUCUUUUUGUAUGCCUAUUAAAUUAAAAAUACUAAUUAUGUGUGUAUAAACAUUUACAAUAUGGAUGUAAAAGUUUAUGUAGGAAGGAAAAUAAUUGGUGGACUCUAUAUCUAAAAUACAGCAAAUAGAUGAAUUAAAAUAUUUCAGAGGUUUUUACCUCCAGUGAUAGUUGACUACAUUAUACUUCAACAUGCACACAUUUGAACUCAAACUAUGUUAGAUCUCACUAACUGAAACUAAGCUAAAUCUGCCUGUUCUAAUAUGAAUUUUAAACCAAGAUUUACAUUGCUAAGAAGAGUGGCGAUCAUUUUGUUCAGUUUUGUAUUCCUGUAUAGUUGAGAGAACUACAUUUGUC